UAGAGGCAUCCCAAGUCCAAGCUCAAGCACAAACUACACCAGUGAAAUCAUUUAUGACACCUCAGGGGCAACAAGUACUGCAGGUCCAAUCGAUGUCACCACAAUUCAUGCAGGGUGGCCAAAUAUUAUCUUCAGGAGCUCCUAAUCUAGCUUAUAGUGUAAUGCAGCCGAUACAAACUGUCACAGUAGACGGCCAAGAAGCAAUUUAUAUUCCCGUCUCAAUGGCCAAUGCAGCUCAGACGAUACAAAUAGGCGGUCAGCAAGCAUUAUUGACACCGGCGGGCCAAAUAAUUAGAACACCGCAAGGCACUGUGCUACCUGCGAAUUUGCUACAAGGAAUGACUGCCCAGACCGUCCAAUUACCGAAUGGCCAAAAUGUUUCGGUACGAUCUCCUAUGCCUCAAGUAGUGCAGUUCGCUAAUGCGAUGGCUGCCCAAACAAUACCGGUACAAGUUCCUGUGAGCACGCCUAACGGGCAAACAGUUUUGCAGACCGUCCAUUUCCCAUUGCAAGCGUUUGCUGGAAUUCCUGGUCUAGUGCAACCGCAGAUGCAAAUAAUACCGCAGUUAGCAGCACAGUCACAAGUGGCAAAUGUCAUUAAUUCAAAUGGACAAAUACAACAAAUACAACUAACGUCUUUGGCUGGCUUGCAAGCUGCACAAGUUCAAGCACAGGCUCAAGCUCAAGCUCAGGCUCAGGCUCAGGCACAGGCACAGGCACAGGCCCAAGCACAGGCUCAAGCACAGGCUCAAGCUCAAGCUAAUCAAUCUCAACAAAGUGUUCUGUCCCAAAUUGCCACGGCGAAUAAUAACGCGGCUAACACAUCCACAUCGUGGAAUAGCACCGCCCCGACUUCAUCAACGCAGACUGUCUCAGCUCCUAGUUCUCUGAACACUUCAAUCACUACAGAUUCACAGACAGCAAAUUUAUUACAAAACCAAAGUCAACCAAUCACUAUAACUGGGCCCAAUGGUCAGCAAUUAACUGUUGUCCCAGGAAAUGGUAUAAAUAUUGGGCAAUUGAGAUCUGGAGCAAAUAUUAUACAGGUGCCCAAUUUAUCCGCUCUGCAAUCAAUACCAGUGCAAAACAUUCCCGGAAUUGGUAAUGUACAAGUCAUACCAGCAAACGCCUUAAGUCUGGGUGCUCAAUCUCAAUUAGGUUUAGCAUCAUUACAAGGGCAACAGAACACACAUUCCAUUGCACACGAAACAAAACCGCAAAUAAUAACUGGACAACAAAUACAACAAGAUCCUAAUGACCCAACAAAAUGGCAAAUAGUCACAACGGCCAGUAAUUCACCACCUAUUUCAAACUCAGGAAAUAUGAACUCGCCAUCACAAAAUAUUGGAGCUACUGAUGACCCUGAUAAUCCCACUCCUAAACCAAGGUUACGAAGGGUUGCUUGUACCUGUCCUAAUUGCAGAGAUGGGGAACGGCAUACUGAUAGAAAACGACAACAUAUAUGCCACAUACAAGGCUGUAAUAAAAUAUAUGGCAAAACUUCACAUCUUAGGGCUCAUCUGCGCUGGCAUACAGGAGAACGACCUUUUGUUUGCUCUUGGCUUUUAUGUGGUAGAAGAUUUACAAGGUCUGAUGAACUACAAAGGCACAGAAGGACUCACACAGGUGAAAAACGAUUCCAAUGUCCUGAAUGCAAUAAAAAGUUCAUGAGGUCUGAUCAUUUAUCAAAACACAUCAAGACUCAUCAGAAGCAAAGAAUAACUGAAGCGGCUACUUGCACACAAUCCAUUACAUCUGAAAGUGCUGAUAGUUCAGAUGAAAAGAUGGUUCUAUUACAAAAUGAGGCCGAUGAACCUGAAAUAAUAAUUGGGACACAGUAGCCCAGGGCCAUAUUAGAAAAUAAUAUUGUAGAUAGCAGUUUUGAAUUAAAUGGACCCAAUUUCAUAAUAGAAUAUGUAAAAAUCGAAGAUGAAAUAUUUGGGGUCAACUAAAUUGUAAAUAAAAAUUUUUAGAUUAUGAUGAAUUGUAUAUAAUUUUACCAUAACUAGUAUAGAAUUAAAAAUUAAUUUAUGACAUAAUUUAUAAGUUUUACUUGAAUUAUUAAAAGCAAAUAAUGAGUUUUAUAUGUAUAGUA